AUGGCUUUCUCAAAACAAACUUUCAUUGAUUUCAUGGGCUACCCUGAAAAACCAAGGGAGGAUUUGCUUUUGAUGGUUCGGAAGUUGCAUGAAGCAGAUAGUGCUGUUCGCCCGCUGCUUGAGAUCACGAUGACUGCACAGGAUUUUGCGCUUAUUCGCAACUAG